CGGAAACCCCUCGAACCUGAAGACUAGCUGCUGAGUAUUAUCGUAUGUGCAACCUGUAUUAGACGUUGAUAUUGUUAUCAAGGUUGACGACUGAGCGACUGGAUUACCGAAGCAGUAUUUUGAUUACAGGAUAUACAUAUUACUAGUACUAUUUUUUUUAACGUUUUGUUAUUUUGUUGUAACGUUAGUCUUUUGUUUGUUUUUUGUCUGUGUGUGCGCGCGAUGGAAGCCAUUUUAGGUUGGUCACGCUAACUCCUAGCCACAUUGUUUCAGGCCUUGCUUCAAUCUCAAUCGGUUCGUGUUUUGUUGAGAUUUGGACUAACGUUACAUUGAGAAAAACACUACGGAGGAACUUCGAGACGGACACUGGAGCGAAAUACUUGACCGGACUCCACAAGGACAUUGUAUGAACUCUACAUUUCUCGACCGGAGUUGGACCUUGCGAACAGCUUAACGUUCCUGGGACAUUGAAUCGGCGGGAGAAUUUCUCGCAUUUGUUGGAAAAUUUCGUGGACUAUGAACCGCUUGCGUCUUUGAGAUUUCGUGUUGCACUUGAUCUCUUCGAACAAUUGAAAUAUCGAGUUCGCAGUUAUUCAUCAUAUCUCUUACCGUCAGGCGAAACAAACAUGGCCUCCGUUUAAUGGUGGCUCUUAAAUGGUUAAGAUGAUGAGCAAGUAUGGCUAUUACUCUUUAACUGUUCAAGUGGUAAAUUGACAUAUGAAAAAGGUUGGUCGCUGGGCUAGCCCACGCUAUUCUGAAAGUUGUAAUUUAGUUGAGUUUGGUUGUGUGUGGUGGUAUCUGACCACAAGGAUUGUUUAAACAUGUCUUGUGUCCAUUAUAAGUUUUCUUCUAAACUUAACUACGACACGGUCACCUUUGAUGGCCUUCACAUCACGCUUAGUGAUUUGAAACGGCAGAUCAUGGGCCGAGAAAAGCUGAAGGCCGCGGACUGCGACCUGCAAAUAACCAACGCGCAAACUAAAGAAGAAUACACCGAUGAUGCGGCCCUUAUACCCAAAAACUCAUCUGUCAUCAUCAGACGAAUACCUAUAGGAGGGGUUAAGUCGACAAGCAAAACAUAUCUCAUUGAUCGAUCUGAACAAUCAAGUGGAUCUUCAAAAGCAAUUGAUGAUUCUUCAUCCAUUUCACUGGCUCUGCUUUCAAAGACAGCCAAUCUUGCUGAAACAAACGCGUCAGAGGAAGACAAAAUUAAAGCAAUGAUGUCUCAGUCCAACCAUGAAUAUGAUCCCAUCAAUUAUGCAAAGAAGCUUGUUGGUCCACCCCCACCGAACUACACAUGCUUUCGUUGUGGAAAAACUGGACAUUAUAUCAGGAACUGCCCAACGAAUGGGCAGGACCGAAGUUUUGAAGCUCCUCAACGUAUAAAGAAAAGCACUGGAAUUCCUCGCAGUUUCAUGGUGGAGGUUGAUGAUCCAAACCGGAAGGGUGUCAUGCUGACCAACAGUGGAAUAUAUGCCAUUCCCACUAUCGAUGCUGAGGCCUAUGCUAUUGGAAAGAAAGAGAAACCACCCUUCUUGCCCCAGAAUCAGUCUUCAUCUUCAGAAGAAGAGGAUCCAGUGCCUGAUGAGCUACUUUGUCUGAUCUGCAAGGAUCUUAUGACUGAUGCCGUCGUUAUUCCCUGCUGUGGAAAUAGCUACUGUGAUGAGUGUAUCCGGACGUGUUUGCUAGAGUCAGACGAACAUGUUUGCCCCACCUGCAAACAGUCGGAUGUGUCUCCUGAUGCUUUGAUAGCAAACAAGUUUUUGCGCCAAGCAGUGAAUAAUUUUAGGAACGAAACUGGAUACACCAAAAGAAUUCGCAAGGCUGCUGCCGCUGCUCAAUCGGCCACAUCAGGAUCCCAGACUCAGGCUCCUUUGCAGCGACCACCUAUGAGACGCCAACAGGACCCUCUGAUGGCCAAUGUUCCCAGCUCGACAGCUGCCAGCACCCCUCCUCAAAGCAUGCCGGCUGCUGCCUUGUCUCCCGCUGCCACUCCCCAGCCCUCCAGCACUCCACCACCUGCCAGCAGCUCUAGCACACAGAGCAGCAAUGCACCUUCAGGGCCAGACAACAGCCCCACCGUGAACUCACCCCAGCACAGUACCAAGCAGGAUGACCCGCCUUUGUCUAAGGAAUCUGAAGUUCCAGCAUCUGCUCCUGUGCCUUCAUCAGAGGCCUCUGCUCCAACAAAUAUUGCUUCGAAGGGAUUCCAUGUCCCAGUAAUUGGGCAGCCUAAUGUACCACAGCACGUCAUGCACAGAACAGGACAGCCCAGGCCUAGUGGACCAAGGCCUACCCAGAGUCGUCCUAACUGGGACCAAUCCACAAGUAGAGGGAGACCUCCUAUUGAUCGACCACCCAGAACACAACCUCUGCCAUUGCAAAACCUUCCUCCCGUGCCAUGUCCAGGGGGUCCUAUGUUCAUGCCUCCUGCGCUCUUUCCACCUCCUCCACACCCCAUGCCUCAGCCACCUGGUGUUAUUCCUCCGCAGUAUCCCAUGGCUUUUCCUCCAGGACAGCAGCCUCCCCCUCCAUUCAACUUACCACCACCAGUCUAUCCUCCAGUCCCACCCAAUGUUCAAGUUCCCUGGGUGCCUCCUGGCACUCAGCCACCCAUAGCCAACCCUAUCUCCAGUAUGCCAGCAGAACCUUUCCUCUCCAAGGAGGAAUUCUACAGGCAGCAGCGCAGACUGAAGGAAGAUUCCCAAUGUCGAUUCGUUGCCAGGGAGAAGUCAAAACUUGAGGAAUUUACCAACGAUUUUGCCAAAGAGCUUUUAGAGUACAGAAAAAUUCAGAAGGAUAGAAGGCGGUCCUACUCGAGAUCAAAAUCUCCAUACAGGGACUCCUCGUACAGUGGCUCAUCAUAUUCCUAUUCAAAAUCUCGCUCACGGUCCCGAACACCACGAUCAUACUCUCGCUCAGUAUCCCGCUCUAGAUCACGCUCCAGAUCACGCUCUUUUUCUCGUUCGCCAUAUUCCCGCAGAGGCCGAGGUCGGAGUCGGAGUUAUCGAUCCAGGUCACGCAGUCCUGCCUAUCAUCGCUCCCGCAGCAGAUCACCAUCGUAUCGAGGUCGAGAAUUGAGUGGGAUAGGUGGUGCAAUGUAUCGUUCUCGUUCCCGGACCCCACCGUUUAGGAACUAUAGUCCAAGCAAGAAAAUCCCACCUCCUUCUCAGAUUGAGGGUGAGCGCAAAUACAACAGCAGGUACAGGGAGAUUCCACCAUAUGAACCUAAAGCUUAUUAUGGACGAAGCGUUGAUCAAAGUGAUCCCUACGAGAGAGAACGCUACCGAGCGUGGGAAAGAGAGUAUAGGGAUUGGUACGACAAAUACCUCAAGAGCUACAACAGCCCACCAGGCAGUCAUCGAGGCCGUGGUGCAGGCAGUAGAGAACCCCAUACGCCUGAGCGAUAUCCCCCUCCCCGUCCGAGAGAAAACUCCCCCUACAGCAGGGGACGAAGGGAGGAAUAUCCGCCACCGCCUCAAAGCCACAGUGGCCCUCCGAGAGGCAGAGGUCCAAUGACCUACCAGGAAAAGUGUGCAGAGAAGUUUGGCCACCUCCAUGCCAACACUUCUGGACCCAGUAGAGGACCUAAAGAAUCUCUGAAGCCACUUAAAGACCGAGAGGCCAGUGGCAGCACUGCCACAGACUCAAAGUCUUUGAAACAUAAGAAACAUCGCAAGAAAAAGAGGGACGACGGUGACCCCUUCAGCCACUCGGACUCAAUGGAUGAAACCAGGAAAGAUGAGCGUAAAGGAGACUCCAUGUUAAUGAAUUCAAGCCGUGAUGAUGCCACGCCCGUCAGGGAUGAGCCAAUGGACAAUGCUGGAGUGCCUUACAAGAGCACCCCUGAGAAAGAGAAGAAAGAAAAGUCCAAAAGCAAGACUGACAAAGUUAAACGAAAGUCUGAAAGCAGUGGAGGAAAAAAAGAAAUGCCUGGAAAGGUGACAAAGCCUGUGAAAGAUAAAGAGGCGGAUGCACUGCGAGAAAAGGUGGCUCCCGCUGAACCCGCCAUUAAGAGAGUAAAAGAUGAACCAUCAUCACAUAAAUCAGAAGCAAGUAAGCCUCAGACAGUAGACUCAAAACUCAUGCUCCCCCGUAAGCUCAUGCAGUCCAGGCCCAUCAAACACCAUCAAGAGCUGAAGCCCAUCAAAGAUGAUCUUAAAAACAGAAAAGAAUUCGUAAAAGAGCCUUUAAAGCAAGACAAAGUUCCCAUCAAAGAUGUUAAAGUCAAGAAAGAGCCAGAGAAGCCUGUGAGAACUGAUGAGAAAAUUUCUACCAAGGCGGUUGAUUCCAAGCAGGAUAAAAAGAUGACGAAGCGAAAAGAUGAAAAGUCAUCUAUGAAAGACCUAGACGCCCCUCCAAUAAAAAUAGCAAAAAUGGAAGUUGAAGUGGCUAAAGGCUCACCAAAACCUAAACCCAGGCCUGAGAGUGAAAGACCAGCCAUGGAGAACAAACCUUCCAUUCCGUCCCUUUUGGAUAUUAAACCAGAGCCUGUGAGAAAGAUUAAAAUAAACCGAGAAAUUGGCAAAAGAAUACCUAGCACCGAUCGUCCUUUUUCACCAGAGGACAUCACACAUACUACAGCAAAGGGAAGGGUAGACAAGUCAAGGGGAAAAUUGAGGAGGAAGGUACAUGCGCCAGAUGGGUCGGGGUCUGUACUUGUUGAUUACACCAGUACCAGCUCCACAGGCGGAAGCCCCAUCAGAAAGCAUGAGGACAAGCUUGACCUGAAGAAAACUGUGGUGAAGACCCUGGAGGAAUACACGAAUGACAGCUCUACUCCUGCUGAGGAUGAAAUCGUCAUGAUCCAGGUGCCCCGCUCCAAAUGGGAGAAAGAAGACUAUGAAUCUGAAGAUGAUGAAUCUAAGGGCACCAACAGAACUCGAAGUGUCCGCCCACCCAGCUCUGCUCCUGUGGAAGAAACCACUGCAGCGAAAUCAACAGACAAAGAGUCUCCCAAUGCUGACAAAACUCCGUCUGCCUCCAAAGACAGUCAGAUGUCAGAUGUCAAGUCUGCUAAGGACUCCACAUCAAGCGAUAAGGAGAAAGAUACUGACAAAGAGAAGGACAGAGAACGAGACAGAGGGAAAGAAAAGGAUCACAGCGCUGCCGAACGUGAAGCGACUGAUAAAAGGAAACCAAAUCAGGAGAGAGAGCGGCCACAAGAGAGGAGCAGCGAGCACGGCAGCGAGCGGAGCUCUUCUCAGUCCUCCAGGGACAGACAAGCUGACAGGUCUGAAUCAACCUCUAGAAAGCCAGCAGGUAGGGAGACAACUACAGGCCCUGGCAACAGAAAACCAGACCAUAGGGAAGAUGCAAGAGACCACUUAGCAACCAGAUCGAAAGAUGAGAGAGAACCGAUUAGAAGAAGAGUGUCACCCUCCCCGCCCUCAAGGGUAAAAGACAUGCAUGCGGAUUCUGGAAGAAAGGCUAAUGAAGUUUCUCAGGAGUCUCAAAGUCCAACUAAGGAUAAGAGAAUCUCAUCCCAGAAUGCCCCAGAGAGCAAAAGAACAGGGGUAGAGGACCACAAAGCAGACUGGUCUCUUAGUAAGGAGAGCUCUAGGCAUUCUGAUAUGCGUCCCGCAAAGGACAGGGAGCACAGGACUCCUCAUAGAACUUUAACUCCAGAGCCUAGGACGGAGGCAGAGAAAGGUGCUUCACACGGGGACCACAAAGUCCCAUCCAUGCGCACCACCCGACUGUCUUCGGAUUUAGCGCGGGAAACCGAUGAGGCUGCAUUUGUACCAGACUACAGCGAAAGUGACAGCGAAAUCUCGGACUUGGAUAACAAAACUGACCAAAGGGGGCGAGACAGAGACAGUAGUGGCAGCCACAGCCCAAGUCCUUCUGGCAGCCACGGACACAGCAGCAGCCCCAGCUCUCCAGGCAGUCAGGAUAGCAAAAAGAAGAAAAAGGACAAAAAAGAGAAAAAAGAGAAGAAAAAACACAAGAAGCACAAGAAACACAAAAAGCAUAAGAAGCAUACAAGUAAUGAAUCUGAAUCUGAACUCAAGGGACAGAAACACAAACAUAAGAAAAAGAAGUCUAAAAAGAGUAAAGAUAAAGAUAAAGAUGAGAAGGAGGAGAGUGAGGAUCAGAGGGCAAAAGUAUCUGUUUAAUUCACUAUUGGUUGAUUUUGCUCAUAUUUGAGAAACAUGGAAAAAUGAUGUGUCUGACAUUGUUCAGUUUUCAUCCUCGUACUUGGCUGUUUCUUAUUGGUUAAAUACAUGCUUUGUUUGAUCAAGCUAACCUCUGUCAAUUAGCUACUUGAAUGAUUGAAUGAUGAUUGUUUUUGGGUUCUGAACUUUCAUGAUUUUUUUGGUUUUAAUUUAAAAUCCUCGCAGACUCUAGGAACAUCGCGGUUUUGCAUUAAGGCAAUGGUAGAGGAAGCACUUAAAUAUGUAAAUUUGAUUUGCAAAGUUGCGAAAGCCUUUUUUGUACCUCAUCUCUUGUAUGUUUAAGUUGGAGAGAAACAUAUCAAUAUGACAGUAUGAUGAUAUUGUUACAGAGGAAACUGGAGAAUAGUGUCCCGUCAUUACGGCACAUAGUGAUCGCAAAAUGUAUGUAUUUGCACUGUGAAUAUUUCCUGUACUCUUAAGUUUCAUUUUAUUCUACUUCAAUUUCACAAGAUUUAUUUAAAAUGUCUGCUGAAAUGGAAUUGCAUAUGUUUUGAGGGUAAUAAAUUUUUUCAGCAAAUAUAUAA